GCUCACCUGCGCGUGCGCGAUGGAGAUUUGUGACCUACACUAGAAUUUGAUUCCAGCCUUUGAUCUGUGGCACGCGCGCGCCAGUGGUGGUGAUUGAUGUGCGAUUGAUGUUUAAAGACCACGGAAGACGCGGCGGGUGACGGCUGAGGCUUGGAGCGCGCGCUCCUGAGCACCAGUGAAGGAUGCCGCCAAUGUCAAACUGGAACAGACCAUUCCUGAGUAUUAUGGGAGGUAAUAACAUAUUGGAUGGAACCCCUCAGUGUGAGUGAUGGAGUCUCUCCUGAGGGAACAGUUUGGUUUUAAAGGAGGAAGUGACUCUCUGAGAGAGGAGGUGUGCGGGAUAGUAAGAUGGCCGCCGUCCUCUCUGUCUGUGGACAUCAAUCAGUUUGCUGCAGCGUAUCAUGAGAUCAGGCUGCGUCUGGCCGGCCUGGAGCGGGAGAACAGCAGCAUCAGGAGGAAGCUCAAGAACUAUGAGAUGAAGUUCCCCAUGGUCAAUAUGUGUGAUGACGAGAGGAGUGUGUGCUGCUCCUGUGAGUCCGAGAAGGUCGAACUGAUCCAGACUGAAAACACCAACCUUCAGCAAAGGAUCAACUCCCUUAUGCAGGAGCUUCAGAAGAGUAAAGCUCAAGAGCAGCGUCUGGAAGACGUGAUCAAAGCCUAUGAGAAAAUUCACCUGGAGAAGAGCAGCGUUCAGAAGGACCUGGAUAACAUGACGACCCUGGCCGAGCAGCACAUGGAGAGGAUCAGGAAGCUGGAGACGGCACUCGGUCAGAGAGAGCUCCAGCUGCAGAAGAAGAAAAAAGCGAGAGAAAUGUCACAUCAGCGCAAUAAAGAAACUCGCUACCUGCAUCUGUACACCAGCUUGGACACACCCUGCGCGUUGGAGUGUCCUGGGCCGAGUCUGCAGAGCUCACGCAGUCUGGACACUCUCACGGACCUAAGGGUUCAGUGUUUGGAGGCGGAGCUUGAGGGGGUGUGGCAUGAGGCUAGAGGGGCGUGUCAGCGGGAGGCGGACCUUAAGGCUGAGCUGCAGCGUCUGCAGGAGGAGAUCAGACUGGAGAAAGAACGACAGGAGUUGGAUGUGGAGUGUGAGCACUGCAGUGUGGAGUGGAUUACGAAGGCAGGAGAUGAGCAGGUGAACCUGGCACUGGCUUACACAGAGCUGGUGGAGGAACUGAGCCGAAUCCGCAGGCUCGCUGCUGAACAGGCCAGAAUCCUGGGACAGAACCGCGGUUCCCUGGAUCACAACAGUCCCAUAUUGAGGCAUGGCCCCGCCUCCCCUCCCUCUGACCCCGCCCCUCCACCUACUCACCCAAUGAGGUCGUACUUCCAGGGUCGCCGUAGUUACUCAGACAUGGCCGACCCCUCCGUCUCUCCUCACGUCGUCCACAAUCCCACUUCCACGCUCCCGAAGCGUAGAACCACAAGCCACGCCCACCUCAGGCCAAUCUCCACUGGGCCCCGCCCAUCUUCUGCCCACAGUGCCCUGGAACUCAGCUUCCAGCUGCCUGACUCCACCCCUGCUCCACUGGCCACACCUCCUCAGUCCUCAGAGGAUGAAGAUGAGGAAUGGUUGGGGCUUAGGAUGAUGACACCACCCCACUCUCACACCCGCAGUGAGCACGCUCAGUCCUGGCCCUCAAUCAAAUUGUGGAUGGAGGAGGAGGAGAGCGACUCUCGGAGUUGUCCCCUCUGUCAGCUCUCGUUUCCUACUGGCUUUCCCGAAGACGCUCUGAUCACACACAUCGACACUCAUCUGGAAAACAGCAAAAUAUAACACACACAUACACACACACACACACACAGACACACACAUUGUAAUACUCCUAAAUAUGUGCUGUAACACUGUGAACUUUAAUCUCUUUACACACACUGUAGGUCUGAUCACUUAACCAGAUGAGGUUUAGGAAAAAUCUUUGUUUUCAUUAUUAUUAUUUUUUUUAACUUUUACAUAGAAAACAAAAUGGAAUAGUCUUAUUAAAUCUAAAUCCGGUUCUUCCCAAACACCUACUACAUUAUCGAUACUGUUUUAUUUUUAAAGAUUCUCAUUAAUCACAGCCCAAUGUUCUGAAGAUCUGCAUUGCAAACAUACUAAAGAAAACUGUGACUUACUACAUCAUCACACAUUUAUUUUGGUCUGUUUCAGAAAUAAGCCCCUCCCCCUAUUAAAUCAGAACCAUUUAACUCCAAUAAGUAUUUUUAAUAGGAGGGCUUCAUAAUGUUUUUUAUUGCAGUUCCCUUUGUAGCCAGUAGAGGGCUCUAAGCUACAGUAUGUUUGGAUGCAGCAGUGUCAUCACUAGUGACUGUAUCUCUGGGUGGAUGUCAUAAAUGGGGCUAAAAAGUAAAGCCAAAAUAAUAUUUCUCGCAAUAUUGUAACUUAAAAUAACACUGAUAGUAAUAACACUAAUUUUAUUAAUGCCUAAGCUGUAGUUUACUGUACUGAGAUGAUAACUAACAAACCAACACAAGUAAACAAAAUGAUCUUGGCAUUAACCACGGCAGCUCACUCUAGUUCAGUUUCAUUAUUGCGUAUUCACUGUAUGAUCCUAGUGAACGCUCUAUUUUUUAGACGAACUGCACUGAGAGGACGAGUUGAGGAUGAAGAGUCCUGGCUCUAUUCAGAGGUGUUAUAUAAGGUGUGUUGAGUGUAAAUGUUGACUGGUGUUAGGAAUUUUAGUUAGUAUGUUACAUUAGCUAUUUACACUGUAGUAAGCUUUACCACAUUUUUAAACCUUUUGCUAGAGCGAUCUUUAUGGCCUCAAAUUUAAAUCUUGAUGGUUCUUGGUUGCUCAUCACUGUGACAUCACUUGCCCUAAUCUUCUGUGGAUUUGCGACAUGUUAACUACAAAACCCUGAGACAAACUGUUUCCUGUUCUCUAAACGAACUGUCUCCAGACUUCAUGAUUUAUGUGGAGUACCUGCUGAACGUCUAGCAGUUUGUAGCAGAACAGUCCUUGACUAGUUGAAAUCGUGACAGUUCAGGAAUGUUUGUAGUUAAAUAGUUUCAAACCGUUUGGAUUUGGCCUUAUUUAUGGUCUCUGUGAUCCAUUAUGAAGAGGCACACACCAUCCAAAGAACCACUAAGAUCCACUUACACUGCCAUAGUUUUCCAAUUUAAUCUUCAUUUAAAAAUUUAAAGUGAUUUUUUCCAAUUCUGUCAAGCCAUAACCAGCUUACUAAUGAACUUGUAGGAUUUCCUUGUAUUGGUUCGGAUCAAAUUUGUGUAUGUUAGGAGUUUUUUUUUUUAUAUUUCAAAUGUAUGUGUGUGUUAAUAUUAUAAUGAAACAUUUGACUUGUGCAGUUUUAAUUCUUCAGGAUCACAGAAAUGAUCAGAAGCCCAACUCUUUGUAGCAUGAAAUGAACAUUUUCUUAAUUAUGGAGCAAUACAACUCUCGUUAACACUCUCAAUAAUACUCUUAUUAACACUGUAAUUAACACUGGGUCAUUGUGAGUAAAUAUAAGUCUUAGUGUUGACAUUUUCUUAGCGCUUCAUGUGAUCUCUCAUUGGUUUUCUUGUUGCUGUUAAUGAGGGUUUGCGCUCAGUGUGUUCUGAGUAUGAUUAUUAAUAAUAUUAAAUAAUAUAUUAGCUGUACAGUUACAGUUGACUUAAGGAGUUGCUUUCAUGUUGUUUUUUUUGGCUAGAAGUCUAACUGUAAAUGUACAUGUUGGUGUUGCAUUUCUGUGUUGAUCAACACUCAGAGGAAGGGCUCGUGUCAGACUGCUGACUGUUUAAAGCCUGACAUGAAAAUAAUGAAAUAUUUCUUCUCUGUCAGGAAAUAAUGCUUCCACUAACAAUGAUAAUAAA